CAACUUCAUGCAUCUUGUCGAAUACUCUGGGAUCCGCAAUACUAUAGUUGAUUAGUCUUCGACAUGCCCAGGACCUUUAUUCGAACCCCGCAGGCUUGCAAUACCUGUCGGCGACGUAAAACAAAAUGCGACGGCAUUCGUCCUCGAUGCGGCCGCUGCACUACAAAACACACUCAGUGUAUCUGGUCUACUCCGGAUUCCUCAUUCGACCCAAGGUCCCCGACUUCGGAACUCUCCAAUUCCGUUGAACAGGUAGAUGAAGCAGACGGAAAAUACAUGAAAGGGCUGCAACUAUGCCUGAAACACUUCUUCGAGCGCCACUUUGUCAGCGAUUUUUGCUCUUUUGACUAUCCACCGGACUUUGAGCAAAAGUGCAAAAACGACCCCCUUCUGUCAUCUUCGAUUAUUUCUCUUUGUAGUCGAUAUAUGCAGCCACAAGAUGCCCAGAUUCUGUUUGGGCUUCCAUCGCAUCGCGAGGUAUCAAGACAUUACUUGCAUAGAGCUCGGUCCCUUGCGAAGGAAACUUUAGACGAGCCCAGUGUUUCCCAUAUUCAAGGGAAUCUUAUAUUAGCAAUGGCAGAGCUUUUAUCGAACUCCGGUUCUCGCCAUUGGCUUUUCGCCGGCUCAGCUAUCCGUAUGGCUGAGAUCAUGAGGCUCAACAAAGAGUUCCACCAGAAACACAGCCUCAAAGAUCAGGAAAUCCGUAGACGGGUCUUUUGGGCUUGUCUGUUAUUCGACAGAGCCUUGGCAUAUCUACUCGCUAAGCAUCGAACGAUUGAUCUCGAUACCAUUUCUAUUGCCGUUCCGGGCACAGACAUUUCUCUAGCUUACCACGAAGCGACAAAAGGCCUGAGUCUGGGCGAACUGGCAGCACAUCAGCAACCGUCAGAGUUGGGCUUAAGCUCAUACUUGCUUAAAACUGUCUGCCUUUGGAGCGACCUGGCUGACUUUGCCGUCUACUCUCGAAGGCGUCUUGAGUGGUAUCCACCAACCAAUCCUCAAAGCUCCUUUUUCAUUCGGAACAAUGCUUUGCAGACGUGGAUUGACUCCCUACCACCCAGCCUUUGCUGGAGCAUCGAGAACUUUAAUAGACAAUGUGUACUGCGUCAAGAAAGUACCUACAUUGCAAUGCAAUUUUUGUUACACAGUGCCUCUUGUGUUGCACACCAAUGUUAUUUACCCCAUCUUCCCACUUACACAAAACUCAGUGAAGAUGUAGAUGCUGCUGGUUUGUCUUACCUACAUAGAGAGGAAUAUUUAAUACAGAGCUGCGUUUCAAAUGCUCUGGAAGCUGGAGAAAUGCUCUCCUACCUCAUGGAUCCAGAUCGAGAAAAUCAUCGGUCCUCGCUUCAGACCAUCUGGGUGGCGUCCUCAUCUCUCAUUGUCGCCCAUGUUUUGCUCUGGCUUCAGAACACCCAAGAUGCGCUAUACUCCAGCGAUGAAAUCCAACAAAAGGUUAAGCACUAUCUCAAUUUAAUUCACCAACUAAUAUCGUCCUGGCAAUAUGAGUGGAAAAUAGCCCGACAAUGGCUCAUUGCACUCAAUACCAUGCACGACCUUUAUAAAGCCGCUUAUUUAGGGGAAAUCAAUGAGAAUAUCCUGCGACCAGAGAGCAUGGAGCCCAGUCAGUGUUUCUCCGAUGAUGAUUCAACGGAUUUCAGACCUCAACCAGGCGAUGGAUAUCCCCUGGUGGUCAGUCUACCAAAUCUACAGUCUUCUGUAAAGUUUGCUACCUGUGACACAUCUGCAAAGUCAAUCAGCAUACAGUCGAUCUGGCUACAGCUGUGCGGCGGUUGGCCAUAUGGGUUCACAGGACCCGAAUGCAUAACAGAUCCCCAGCUGAACUGUUCUGUGCCAACUGGUUCAACACUGAUAGAUCAUUAGUCUCACGUUUGUUAGCGGUUGUCUUUGGAAUGUUGUCGUGAUUUAUCUCAACUUCCGUCCUGCUCUACGUAUUGCUAUCUACGAUCAAGAGCGGUGCAUUUCGAGCUUGGGAACGUAGAUUCAGCCAAAGACAACAAAUAAAACAGGUAAUAAUGUGAUAAUAUAACAAUGUUGGCCCUUGCCCUUCGGCAUGAGAGAAUAUAUUGUGUGAUAGGUUGCGUUAUGCAAACAGUGACAACUUUAAGAAUGGUCACAAAAGCCUGUGGGUAGGAAAGUAGAAAUAUUUAAUGG